AAUGGCUUGCAGCUGAUGAAAAAACAAACUGUGUUUUGAAAGACAGGAACACAUCAUCACUCUCAGCUUCACACACUCUGUGCACACUUUCCUACAGCCUGCACUUCCAACGUACAGUUCAGCUGACCAUCAUGAAUCCUGAAGGUGGUCAAAUGCAGGGGAGGGGGUAUGCAGGUUAUCCUGCACAGCCUGGAGGGCCCACAAUGGUUCACUCCACCACUGUGAACAUCAUCACUGAGCCCCCGAAGGACUACAUCAUCUGGUCUCUCUGCUGCUUUGUCUACUCCAACCCCUUCUGCCUCGGAUUGGCGGCUCUCAUCCACUCCAUCAAGUCCAGAGAUCGGAGGUGGGCUGGUGACUUGGAGGGUGCUCGUUAUUAUGCCUCAACUGCCCGCAACUUCAACAUCGCAGCUACUGUUCUGGCAGCCGUGAUAUUCACAAUUUGUAUUAUUACCAUCAUCAGUGUUACCUCGAUUGCAAACAGUUACAGGAGCCAUAGGUAUUAUAACUGAACCAUCUAAAACAGUGCUACUUGUUCCUCUGCUUUCUUCUUAUGGCACAAAACAUAACUUUCUUACCGUUUCUCUCAAAUCCAUAACCAAAACAUAAACUUCUAUUUGAGAAACAAGUCUUUAGAGGAUUCACGCUUCAAAAAUGUUCUGUCUGCAGUUGAGAUUAAAUGCAAGACUAAAUGUCUGCAUUGAGAGUGAGGCCGGUAACUCAGCAGUUGCUUAAGAGAAACUGUUCAUUUGUAAAUGACUAACCGCUUCAUUCCUUCAGUUUUGUAACCUUUGAAAUGUGUUGUGGUGUUUUGAUUCACACAUAAAAAUUGUCUUGUUAAAUGUCAGGCAUUAUGUUUCAAGACCUGUCGAGCUCUAAUGUGCUGUAUUAAAUUUGGAUUGAGAAAAACUGUGUUCUUGUGUUUGUUUGAGCAGAAGGAAGCACAAAAUGAAGCUAUCAUAUAUGAGGAGUUAUAUCGCUCCAACCGCAGAGCUUAUUCUCUGCUCUGCUUGGGGGUUGCUCUACAUCCCUCACACAUUUCCUGUGUGUCAAAUAAGCAUUUUGUCAAGACACUUAAGCACACUGAGGCCUGCUAGUCACUUGUUUAACAGCCCUGCCAUACCUGAAAAGAUAGCUGUAAAUAAAUAAGUGGAAUAACUUUACCACAUAA